CAUAAUUCAACCCGGAAGACCCAAUCCAGCACCCAUUAUCCACAAUCCCAGUACCGAAACACACGACCGGCUGCUGUUAAUCUCUCGCGGCCCCGUUGUAUUGUGCCCGUACCGAUUCCAUAUCUGUGAAGAUGAUGACGAUGGAGGCGAUGAUGGACGAGGUCGUGCUGGACGACAUACUCCGGCGGCUGCUCGACGGGAAAGAAGGAAAACAGGCCAAGCUCUCGGAGGCGGAGAUCCGCCGCAUAUGCGUCAACGCCCACCAGAUUUUCCUCUCACAGCCCAAUCUCCUCCACCUUCGCGCCCCUAUCAGGAUCUGCGGAGACUAUGGUGAUAGAGGCAAGCAGAGUCUCGAAACAAUAUGCUUACUAUUGGCUUACAAGAUAAGAGGAGAUUUAACGCUCGGCUAUGGAAAAUAUUCACCGACUGCUUCAACUAUAAAUGGGCUCCCAAGGCCCACGGACAUUCCAGAUAACGGCCUCCUUUAUGAUCUGCUUUGGUCUGACGCUGAUCCUAGGAUAGUGGGCUGGGCCGAUAGUGCUAGGGGCGUUUCUUGUAAUUUUGGGCCCAAUGUGGUUGCAAUGAUCUGGAACUCAUUUGCAGGGGUUGUGGAGGAUGGAUAUGAGUUCUUUGCUAAGAGAAGACUAGUCACGAUUUUCUCGGCUCCAAACUACAGAGCUGAAUUUGACAAUGUCGGUGCUCUUAUGAGUAUUGACGAAUCAUUAGUAUGCUCUUUUGAGAUAUUAAAACCUGCCUCAAGCUGUUCAAAGACGCCUCUGAAAAAGCCUCCUAAAAUUGGGACCAUAUGAUAGGCAAGGAAUUGUACAUGAAAAAGUUUAUAGGAGGAACCACAGGAUUGACUAAGGGUUUGUUGGGGUUGAGUAAUUAGAACAAUUGUUUAGUUUUUUUCGGAUUGUCAUAUAAUGCGCAUGUUAAAAAUGUAUUUUGUAUGUAACAUUAUAUUGUACAUCUAUCUACACUUUAACUGUUGUAUUUUAUGGGCCAUCUAAGGCAAUUACAACCAUUUUGGAAUGGGAUAUAGAUGUAGCUGACCUGAUGAACUUCUUUUUCCCCUUGUUUUUGGUUUUGCUUGUUUAUAUAUACAGCAAAAG